AUGUCUCCAAGUGCGCUCAUCACCAUCUCCUCCGGAUACCCUACUGAUCGCCACGUCAGCCACGGAUAUACAGUCGACACCGCUCAUCUUCUAAUAUCCACCCUCACCAUCACUCGCUUUCUGAACCAUGUCUCAUCCGGAGAGAUCGAUCCAAAUAACGAAUCCUCCGUCUACGCAGCUCUCUGGGCCGAUACGAACGAACUCGCCGAUGUCUCCCAUCUGUCGGAAGUCCAAGGCUCGCAGAUCGACAUGGACACCUGCACUCGCGUUGUAGGCUCGAUUUUCCGUGACGCUGGGUUUCAUUGCUCGACUAUCGCUGGAUACAUCGGGGACGAGGUCCUCAGGCACUCAGAUAUUGUGAGGACGGGAUUGGUGAUCGGUUUGUGGCCCAUCAAUGCGCAGGCCAUGGUUGGCGAGGAGUAUGGGAGUCCAGAGAGUAUACGAGUUGAGGGAAGGAAGGAUGGGAAACAGAGACAGGCUCAGGCCAUGAUCGGUUGGAUCUCCGUCGACUCUCUGGGCGUGAAGCGUCUCAAAUUGCUGGAAUGGCGGACCGAGUCCAAGCGGUCAACGGAGUCGUCGAGGCAGGGGCUGAAGGUGUAUGAGCACGACCCCAAGGAGUUCGAGAUUCUUCGGCUCUUCGUUUUCUUCCGAGACGGGAAACACAUCCUCCAGGCGGCCUGUCAGAUCCCUAGUCUCGCACUACGACGAUCUCGACAACAAAUCACGCACCUCGCUGCUUCCACCUUCGCGGUCUCUACCACCUAUUACGAUCCCAGAUCCUCCGCCCCGACGGGCCACAUUUUUACCUCCACCGGUUACCCAGCCUCCUCCCAUACCACGACGCCACGCGAGUACCACAGCGCGAAGGAGUUCGCGCUCUCAUCGCCAUUCAUCGUCCAGCACUUCGAGAUCUGA